GAGCUGCUGGCGAGCAUCGGGGCGCCCCGCGCCAGGGAGGUGGCCGGCCUCGAGCAGCUGCGGCCGCUGUUCGGCCAGGAGGGCGCCUCUGACCUGCACGAGUCCGCGAGACUGGUUAGUGACCAGAAUCGAGGAGAAGAGUGGCUCUGGAAGGAGCCGACAUUCAGCUGGCUCAGCGGCUUCCACUGGCACCCAGGGGCCACCUCCGUCGAGCAGCAGGGGCCCCCGCACGGGCCCUUCUUCUGCCACCUCUGCGAGGUGGAGGCCUGGGCGCAGGAGGAGCACGACCGGCACCUGGUGACCCGCCGGCACGCCGAGAACGUGCUGCGGUGGGCCGAGACCAUGGGGGACGCGGCCUACCCGUCGCGCUGCGGGCGCUGCCCGGGUGCCGCGGAUGCGGGCCGCUGGCGCGGCGGCGAGGACCUCGACCUCGUCCAUUACCGCGCCGCCCGCUCGCCCGUCCCCGAGCCCGUGGCGGAGACGGAUCCGCCAGUGGGUUUUCGCGAGGUCUGGCGCGGGGACCGCGGACGCGUCCAGGCGACCCCGUGGGUCGCCGUCGUGGCGACGGUCGACCGGCGAGCCCGCGCGCUGCGGCUGACGAGCACCCGGCCGAUCGGGCCGAAGGACAAGUCUGCUGGACGACAAAAGAGAUACAGCAUCGACUUUUAUUGGUGUGAUGAUGGUCAGGUGUGGCGGACGCUGGCCAUACCCAUGCGGGAUUCUUCUGCGAGGCCGCUGCCCCACGGGGAGCCCCUCGACUUCUACCUGGCCGUGCGCUGGUCCGAGGACGAGAAGGAACCGUUCCACGACCUCCCAGACACCUUGCGGGUUGAGGUGCCUCGACCUGGCGACGUGGCGGUGCUGAAGUUCUCGGAGGGCGGCAGAAGAGGCAAAGCGGAGCACGUGCCCGUGCUGGAGUUCGUCGGCCGUGGGCAGGUCCGCGCGGGCGGCGGCGUGGAGGCGCUGCGCGGCAAGCAGCGGCCCAUGCAGUUCGCCACGGAGGACACGAUUAUCAGCUUCCUCUUCUACGUGCCCGUGGCAGUGGAGCCGCGGCCGCUGCUCCUGUACUUCCACGGGGACAUGCCCAGGGGCACCGCGCAGUGCCCCCAGCCGGGCCUGGCCGACUUCGCCCCGACCUAUGGGCCGGCGCUCAUGGUGGUGGACCCGAAGAGGAAGCACCACCCCGUUCGAGACUUCGUCGUCGUGACGCCCGUCUCGUUGGAGGAGGUGUGGUGGUUGCGCUACCCGGCGGAGCACGACUCGACGUCCUACGCGCAGUCAGUGGAAGAGUGCCUCAAGGGGAUCAUCGACCUGACGUACGAGCUGGGGCUGUGUCGACGAGACGCGGGCGCGUGCUUCGGGGGCCAGUCGAUGGGGGCCUACAUGGCCCUCGAGCUGGCGCGGGCCAUGCCGGAGGGCACGGCCUCCGUGCUCGCCGGGGCGCCCUGCUUCGACCCGCCGCGCCUGGACCACCUCGCGCGGAGGUUAGUCAAUGUGCCAGUGUGGCUUCUCAUCGGGCGGAACGACUCGCUGUGCUCUUUCGAGGAGGUGGCCUCGCUGGCGUUGAAGAUGCGCGACUUAGACGCGAAGUGCGUGCGGCUGACGUCGGCGGGCAUCAAGGGCCACAGCGAGGUCGGCAAGUAA